CAGGCAACAAGUGUGAGCAAGAUGCAAACAAUGUUCGCGACAAUGAGGGUCUUCGUUCCUCUACUAAUGAUCAUAUUUGGGAAUGUUAUUUCCACAGACGCGCGAUCUACGUCGUUUAAUAAAGAAACGAAUCUAUUGGACAACGUCGAGAGAGAAAAAUCAAACGAUACGAUAGAUCGUCACUACAGAGGGAAAAGAUUUGUUCGACUUACUAAUAACUUUGGCACCAUUGCUGUACACUGGACAAUCGUGGAAUAUUCAACACAGCUAACUAAAGAAGUUCAAAAACAAGUGUUCACUGAUGCCUUGCACAAGUGGGAAUCUGUUGCUAAAUUGAUCUUUUACUACACAAGCGACGUGAAUGUUGCAAAAUUCAAGAUUUACUUCAAAAAAAACCAUUUUAACCCUAAAGAUAACAUCUUUGUGGAAACGUACAAUUGGGCGAAUGAGGGUGAAAUGUAUUUAAAUGACGAUAAAACUUGGGUGACAAAUACAGUGGGAGGUGCAAACCUCAACGCCUGGGCCUUGCACAAAAUUGGUGUCGUUCUUGGAGUUAAAUAUUCGACUAAUCCAAACGAUAUCAUGUAUCCAGCAGUAAAGAAUACAAAAUUGACGUUAACAUGGAACGACAUAGUGAAAGUGCGCCAACUAUGUGGCAAAUGUCUAGUACGAGAUGUGACUGCUGUACUGCACGAUAGAUUCGGAGAUUACCAUGAUACCCUGUUGGUCAUAAAUAACGAUCAUGUUUGGAGAAUUUAUCGAGACUCGGGAACAGUAUAUAAAACCUAUCCAGCCACUAAUUAUUACGACAUUUGGCCAAAGCAUAUUCGAACAUUCUAUGGAAUGUGGGAUGGUAUGUUCGAUAAAGUGUUUCCUUUGCGAGCUGCUCAUUUUAUUGAGAACUAUGGUGAAGUACAUCUUUUUGGACAAAAACAUCUGGUUCGGAAGAUACCAAAUUUACAACGUCCCUACAAUUUCGAUGACUUUAGUACCUGGCAUGGAAUAGAGGGACCAUUGUUCUAUGGGUACACAAGCCACUACGCUAUUCCCACGUUCUUUACAGAUUUUUUGAAAAGCAAUGAAAAAUUUGGAUCUGCUUAUCAAGAUGGGCAAAAUGGGCAAUAUUGGCAAAAUGGAGAAAGUUGGUCACAUUUUUUCGUUAAUGGCACACAUUAUAAAGUUUCAAUGCACAACCACAAUGUCCGAUUCAUCCAAGACAUGAGUAUUCAUUUCCCUGGUGCACCAAGAAAUCCUGAUGCAUCCUGGUUUGAUCGCAAAACGAAUAAGUGGUUCUUCUUUAGCAAAGAAAAAUAUUACACAUGGGACAAUAACCAAAAAAAGUUUGUUGACCGCGGGCUCAUUAGCAAUAAGUGGCCGCACGUUUGCUAGACAGUUGACGAUUUGAUGACAAAGCAGAGAUCUGCCGACUUUAUAGUGAACAUGUUUGUAACUGACGCAUGAAAGUUAUACAUAUAUAUAAUUAAGAUUUGUUUAAGUAUUUUAAUAAAAUUAAUAAGAGAUGUUAUCAAAGCAAUGAUGUAAAAUCAAUGAUCAAAAUUUAAUAAACUUUUAUUCUAUCAUUGAA